AUGAGAUUGUUCUCCAUUACUACUAUCUUGUACGGCUUGUCCUCCUUAUCCGUGACAUUGGCCGCGAACUCGUUUUCCGCGUCCAAUCUCUAUUACGCCGCUGGCUUGACUGAUAGCCAGUCAACGACUCUUCUUUCUGGUCUGCAGAGUGCCGGUGUGAAGGUGCUGCGAGUAUGGCUUGAUGGCCAGUCGGGGACUGUGAAGGGAACUCCAAUCGAUUCCUUCAAUAGUCUUCAGGGGAGUAGUCCGGAUGACUGGGAUGAUACCGUGCUGAACCGCCUGGACGACUUCAUGGUGAAGGCGAACAGCUAUGGUAUUAAGCUUCUCAUCUCCAUCCAUAGCUACAAUGCUCUUCAGGCCGCGAAUGACUUCUAUGGGCAGUGGUAUGGUACCGGCGACUUCUACACUGACAGCAAUGCAAUUGAGUACUUCAAGGAGCGGAUUGCCCAUGUUCUUGCCCACGUCAAUCCUGCCAAUGGCAAGACCUGGAGCCAAAGCUCGGAGUACAUCUUCGCGUUUGAGGCUCAGAACGAAGCAAUGCAUGACCAGGAAAACCCCAAUGCCUUGACCGCAUGGCAAUGCACCAUGGCCGAAGCUAUCAAAUAUAAUCUUGCUGGAAAUUCGGGCAUCUUGGUCACAACUGGAGGCGGCGCCUGGCUCGCCAACUCUCUCCUGGAUCCGUAUUUUACUUGCGAUGCUCUUGAUGUGCUUGCAAUUCAUGCAUAUGGCACAGGGGACUUUGAAACAAGCGCCUUACAGCCGUACGUGACCAAGGCCCAGGAUGCCGGUAAGAAGCUCAUCAUGCAGGAGUGGGGAUCGUGCUACACUGAUGCUUCCAACAAUAACUGCAAUGGCGGAAGUGCACUCAGCUCGAGCACUCGAGAUUCCAACAUUGACAACUGGGCUUCGUCAAUUACUGCUGCUGGUAUCCCUUGGUUUUAUUGGCAGAUUCUACCGAAUGCGGACCCGCACCAGGACUGGGAUUAUGAGGUCGGUAUUAAUGAUGUGAACUGGGCGGCUUUGCAGGCUGCUGGUCUUGCUGCUGGAAAAUCGGAGGCUGCCUUUGAUUUCUCGGCUUAUCUGUUAUAA